AUGCCACUCUGGGUCAUCUACCAUCCGGAAGGAACAUUCGAGGACGAUGCGUCCAAAGAAGCUCUCGCAGCAGACAGCAUCAAGCAAUACACCAACAUCGGUCUUCCAGCCUUUUACGUUGUCACAAACUUCAUUAAAGUGCCCAAAAACAGUAUGUUCAUUGGAGGCAAGCAAGUCGGCAAACAGGAUACACCUUUCAUCCGCGUUGUCGUCGAGCACAUUGCUGUAAGGCUUCCAGACGAAGACAAAGUCUACAAGGGGGCCGCAAACGGCGUAGAUGCUGUUUUGAAAAAACACUGUGGUGAUAAGGGUUACAACUAUGAGUUUCAUAUCGAUGAGACGGAGAGAAGACUUUGGAAGAUCAAUGGAAUCUUUCCACCAGCGUUCGGAAGCGAGGAAGAGAAGAUAUGGGUCAAGGAGAAUAGAGCCGUGGAUUUUGGAAAGCCCUCGUCUUUGUAG